AAGGCCAGUAGAUGUCUGCAUUUGAAAGAGAGGGUAGAAAUGGAAAGUUCAAGUUUCGACUUUGGACAACCGGAAGACUAUCUACAUGAUUACCAGCGGCAGGGAAAACAAGAAACAGUAAAAAAUGCAGCGUAAGCGGUCUACCCUUGCCGAUGCAGUGGAAGGCGGGAGCACCAACGAUGGCCAGUAUUUACCGACACCGUUGCCGUUGAGUUCCCGCGGUUACAGCGUCGUAGCCCGAGUCUCCUCCUCAACGAGCAAUGUCAUCACCAAAGUACGCGAGGUCGCAUCCGGAAACAUGUUUGUGUGUAAAAGCAUCAGUCUCCAGAAUCUGCAGACGGUCAAAGCGAAGUUAGCGGCUCAGCAAGAGGUCGCCAUUCUGAAGGCACUGCGUCACCCGAAUGUCAUAGGAUACCGCAACUCCUUUGUGGUAGAGGAGAGCGAAACAUCGUCCAUGAUGGGUGCACAGCUUGUCAUUAUCAUGGAAUAUGCAACCGACGGCGACCUAAGAGAAAAGCGCUAA